GGCGCACGUGAUACCACCUCCACGCCUCUAGUCACAGCGUGUGGCCACAUCGCGUUCGCUCUUGGAGCAACGAACGGCGGGAACUGCGUUCUUAUUGCAUCCGGUUAUCGUAGCAACGGCCAUUUUGGUCGCUUCAACGGUCGCGGUUCCGAGCGUGAACUUCGAAAAUCGAUCGACCAUGUCGCGUCUCGUGCUGGUGCUCGUCGCGCUGCUCUGCGCCGCAGUGCACGCCGCGACUGACACGUGCCAAGUGUGCGCAUCUACAGGACAGUGCGACGCGGCCUACAAGGGCCUACCCGGCAAGUACUGCGGCCCGUGGCUCUCGAGCGGCGUCAAGCAGGUGUGCUGCUGCCCGACCGCCGCAGUCUGUGCCAUCCCGCUGCAAGCCAACGCUUGUCUCUGCAAAGCGCCCCCGCCGGCGCGAGCCUCGUCGUCCGAUGCCACACCGACGUACGUUUGGGUGCUCGUCGCGCUUGCUGUUGUCGCUGGCCUCGCCUGCUUUUGCUGCUGCCGCAGCACCCAACAUGCCAGUGAUGACAGCUACGUUGCGAUUCAAUCGACGCCGCAGCCCAUGUACGUCCAGCAGCCCGUCUAUAUGGCGCCGCAGCCCGUGUACGUGGACCGAGGGCCGGGCGUCGGAACCGGCAUGGCCAUCGGUGCCGCCGCCGGGCUCAUCGGCGGUAUUGCCAUUGGCGAAGCACUCGCUGACCAUGGCGACAGUGGCUAUGGCGGCGGCUACGGUGAUGGCGGCGGCUACGGUGAUGGCGGCGGCUACGGCGGCGACGGAGGCACGUUCGGCGGCGACUUCUAGCUCUUCAGACCACCACACUCCCAGUUGACCAACAACGCGUAUUAGUAUGCUUUUACAUGACAAGUUGUCACAACUUCGGCCGGAUGUUCCAUGUGGCAAUUGUUCCA